CUGCGCAAUGUCAUUCGAAAACUUGCACGCUGAGGGACGCCGUGGAGGAGAAAGACAACGCAGCGAACAAAACACACAAUGGCGACGGCGGCGACAACGGCAGGCGGAACGGGCUCGGGCGGACCGACCACUGGCCCCGUCGGUGGUUUAACCGCAGUGGGACGAAAGAAAGAUGGUGGUCCGUCUGCGAAAUUUUGGGAAAGUUCAGACACGAUAUCCCAGCUGGAGACUGUGCGACUCUGGAUCGGAAAGCACUACAAGAAGUACGUCCAGAAUGACUCCCCCUCCAGUAAAUCCCUGGCAGGUCUCGUGGUCCAGCUGCUGCAUUUCCAGGAAGACGCAUUUGGGCGAAGAGUCAACAAUCCUGCUCUUACAAAGCUACCUGCCAAGUGUUUCCUGGAUUUCAAGGCAGGAGGUGCUCUCUGUCACAUUCUGGGAUCUGUCUACAAGUUUAAGAGUGAGCAAGGCUGGCGAAGAUUUGACCUACAGAAUCCCUCCCGGAUGGACAGGAACGUGGAAAUGUUCUUAAAUGUUGAAAAGAACCUGGUCCAGAAUAACUGCUUGACUCGACCCACUGUUUACCUGUCGCCAGACAUCGAGCAGAAACAGGCUAGUAAGCUCAAAGACAUCAUCAAAAGACACCAGGGCUCCAUUACUGAUGACAAAUCGAAGGCCACCCAUAUUAUUUACCCAUCACUAUCCCAGCAAGAAGAAGAGGAGUGGCUGCGUCCUGUCAUGAGGAAAGACAAGCAGGUGCUGGUCCAUUGGGGUCUCUACCCAGACAGCUACGACACCUGGGUGUCAGCCAGUGAGCUAGACGGUGACCCAGAGGACCCACCCAGCACUGACAGACCUUGGAAGGUCCAUGCCAAGUGGGUUUUAGACACCGAUGCCUUCAAUGAGUGGAUGAAUGAGGAAGACUACGAAGUGGAUGAGAACAAGAAGCCAGUCAGCUUCCGCCAGAGGAUUUUCCCCAAAGAGGAAGAGUCUUCCCGUACACCUGAUCGCAAGGAGCGCAAGGCCAACUCUGCGGGAAAGAAGAGGAGGCGCUCACCCUCUCCGCCGAGCACUCCAGCCGAGUCCCGUAAGAAGGGAGGCAAGAAGGGGAACCCGGGACCUCACUGGAAACGACGGGGCCACAGAGGAGAAGAGGAGGACACUGAAGAGGACAUGACAAAAGACAUGGACGAUUCCUCAGCUGGUGCUAGCAUGGAGGAGGGCAGUAUCUCCAAGAAUGCAAAUUCAAAGAAAGACAGCGAGAAUACACCGGUCAAAGGGGGGAAUGUGGCCGACUUAGAUGACAUGGAAGAUGAAUCUGUGAUGUCUGGUGGAAAGGAUGAUGAGGAACAAGGCAAAAGUGAAAUAAACCGACUGGAUGCCAAUGAGGACAAUGUGACUGAACAGACGCAUCACAUCGUUAUCCCCAGCUAUGCUGCUUGGUUUGACUACAACAGCAUCCAUGAGAUCGAGAGACGAGCCUUGCCAGAGUUCUUCAAUGGAAAGAACAAGUCCAAAACUCCAGAAAUAUACCUGGCCUAUCGCAACUUCAUGAUCGACACGUAUCGGCUGAAUCCUCAGGAGUACCUCACUUCCACCUCCUGCCGCAGGAACCUGACUGGGGAUGUUUGCGCCAUCAUGAGGGUACAUGCAUUCUUGGAGCAGUGGGGUUUGGUGAACUACCAGGUCGAUGCAGAGUCUCGUCCAUUGCCGAUGGGCCCCCCUCCCACUCCUCAUUUUACUGUGCUGGCUGACACACCCUCUGGCCUCAUGCCUCUUAACCACAGACCCCAACCGAUUCCUCCUCCACAGCCAAUGCCCAAUUUUGCAGACAAAGGCAAAGACAAGCCCAUCGACCUGCAGAACUUUAGCCUUCGUUCUGACCUCUACAACAAGAAAAGCAUCAAGGGUAAAGCAGGCAGCACCACCAGAGAAUGGACUGAGCAGGAGACUCUGCUGCUGCUGGAGGCCCUGGAGAUGUAUAAAGAUGACUGGAACAAAGUUUCAGAGCAUGUUGGUUCACGCACCCAAGAUGAGUGCAUCCUGCACUUCCUGCGAUUGCCCAUUGAAGAUCCAUACCUGGAGAGUACGGAGGCCACACUUGGUCCUCUUGCCUAUCAGCCCAUACCUUUCAGCCAGUCUGGGAACCCAGUCAUGAGCACAGUAGCCUUCCUGGCAUCUGUUGUGGAUCCUAGAGUGGCAUCUGCUGCAGCCAAGGCAGCACUAGAGGAGUUCUCUCGCGUGCGCGAAGAGGUGCCAGCUGAGUUGGUGGAGGCUCACGUGAAGAAGGUGCAGGAGGCGGCCAGAACUACUGGGAAGGUGGAUCCUGCCUUCGGCUUGGAGAGCAGCGGCAUUGCUGGAACUGCCCCCGAGGAGCCAGAAAAGACUGAAACCACAGAGCCGGAAAAGAUGGAAACAGACUCCGACUCCCAGCAGGCCGACAAGGGUGAGUUGAAGGAUGAGGCUGAGAAGCCGAGCGAGUCUGCCGAGAAGAGCGACAAGACAGAAGCAACGGAAAAGGUGAAAAAAGAGGGAGUGGAGGCAUCAGAGCGUGAAGAAGAGAAUGAAGAGGGAGGGGAGGCUAAGACCGCUCAAGCAGACAAAGACAAAGAGGAGUCUAUGGAGACAUCAUCUUCAGACCAGGAGAAGGAGAAGGAGGAGAAAACCCCUACAGAGGAGGGAGAGGACAAGAGCAAGAAGCUGGAACAUGAUAUCGGCGAAGGAAACAUUGCCACUGCGGCCGCUGCUGCCUUGGCAUCUGCUGCCACAAAGGCCAAGCAUUUGGCAGCAGUGGAGGAGAGGAAGAUCAAGUCCUUGGUGGCUCUGCUGGUCGAGACCCAGAUGAAGAAACUGGAGAUCAAGUUGAGGCACUUUGAGGAACUUGAGACCAUCAUGGACCGUGAGAAAGAGGCUUUGGAGCUUCAGAGGCAGCAGCUGCUAACCGAGCGUCAGGCGUUCCACAUGGAGCAACUCAAAUACGCCGAAAUGAAGGCGAGGCAGCAGAUGGAGCAGCAAGCGGCAGCCGCGGCUGCUGCUGCUGCUGCAGCUGCCCAGGCCCAAGGACAGGGACAGGGACAGGGGCCUGGGGCUGGACCACACUCUGGGCCCCCUCCACCAGGCAUGCACCCAGGAGGACCCACACCACAUCACGGAGGACCUCCUCCCCACCAUGGAGCACCUCCACCACACCAUGGAGGGCCCCCACCCGGCGCUGCAAUGCACCCUGGCUACCCCCCAAUGGGUCACCACCCAAUGGCCCCUCACCACCCAGGCCAGACAGGACCAAUGGGACCAGGUCAGCCAAUGCCUGGACGUUUGAUGUCUGGCCCUCCUACUGCUGGGCCUCCUCCCGGUGGCAUGCCUCCCAUGAUGCCCCCACGCCACCCUGGAGCGCCCAACGGCAUGUAUCCUGGUCCACCACCUGCACAGCCUGAUGCGAUCCCUCCUGCUCCUGUAGGUCCUCCAGCACCUCCGAGUGGGCGAGUGGCUGACAACUAAGAGCUACACACACACGUGCGAACACACAGGACAUACACACACACACACACACACACACACACACACACACACACACACACACACACACACACACAAAAAAGCACACAAGCUUGAAGCUAACUCUCUUAACAUCAACCCCUUUUUGAUGGCCUUUGCUACUGGCUCGACAUUUUUCACUCAGCACUCACAUCUACUAUAAACUUCAUCACAGGAUACACACACACACACAGGGUUCAAAAGCAGAGGUAACCCGACAUUUCACACAUACACCCAUACAUACAGACUUCCACUCAGGGCAGAGCGGCAAGGGUCGUCUAGUAAUAAACACUGUUUUCUGCUCUGUUGGGCCAAACCAAGGAUGUAGAGAAUGACCCUGUGUACAGAAAACAAAACAAGGAGACAGAACAAAUAAUGGUUUAAAAAAACUGUCUCAUCUCUUUUUCUUUUUUUUCCUCCUUUCUUUUUCCAGUGCUGUUUUAAUUGCACUGGAACCCCCUUCCAGUCUCACAAAACACACGCCCUGCUUUUUGUCUGGUUCCUCUUUCUCCAAGACAAACACUAGGGGGAGCUAGCGAGACUAGAGGGCCGGUGUGACCUGUAGGGGUGGGUGGUGUGUGUGUGUGUGUGUGUGUGUAUUGAAGCAAGCAGAUUUUUCAGACAUUAACAUGAAUAAAACACACACGGGGGACCCAGCCUGCCCUCACUCUUGUCUUGUCGAGUAUCUACCUCUCGCUCCUCUUGAAAUGAUACACUGUAGUUCUGUGUGUGAGUGUGUGUCUGUGAAUGUGUGUCAGACAGAGGGCUGGGUGAUGGUCAUUUGUGCCUUUUUUAAUGUAUGGAAUCUGUUUUUCAUUCACUUCUGCACUAGCUGAUUUUGAGAUAUAAAGUCAAAACUGAACAAAGAGGCAGGCUGAGACUUAACUUUAGGUCUGCCUUUGUCUGAUAAGGUGCAUCCUCCUUGACCCCCCCAAAAAUGGCAGCUGUAAAUACUGUUAACAGUCUCUGAGUAUAGGAGUGAGAGAGGAUACCUGCUGAAAAGGUUUAAAUUGUUCUUAGCUGUGCUUGAAAUGUAAGAGUUCAACUAAAAUUACUUCUUAAACUUUUUACUAGAUUUCAUUAGACUUUAAAAUUCCAUUUAAAAAAGACCAGAAAUACCCAAGUGUCCCAAGUUCUCUUCUCAAUACUUUGUGACCUCCUAGUCAGAGAAGUAAAACCUUUAAAUUGUAUGAUUUUAACAUUUAAAAGUUUUGCAUACUAAAGACAUUUGCAGUAUUUAGCAAAUAUAAACUAAAUUGGAAGCUAAAUCUCAUUCAGUGACGCACAAGUUGGGACUUGGUCCGGCCAUGAAAGGAAGUACAUCCACCUCCUUCCUCUGUCUGUCACACCACCUGCAGCACUGUAACGCACACACACAGACAUGUAAGCUAAGCUGUGGCGAACACUGGAGGCUGCAUGCACACACCGACUUGGCCAGACCCUGCCACAAAGCACUGGACAAACACACAUGUAAUCUCCUGCUGACCUUCACACAGCCUUUACAGAGAGGGAGACGCUGUGAUGCGGCUGAAACAUCACAACACGACGAUGCUCUUCCUCAGCACGGUGGGCUUCUAGAUGUUUUUAGGUGCUGAUACUGUAGCGAUUAAACCCCGCCCCCCUCUCUUAUGCUCAGUUUCUUCACGCCUAGUGCUGCUUACCUCGCUAACCCCUCUUCCCCCUCCUCCCCUCUUUAGUGCACGUUUUGCAUUAAUUUCCAGCUACUGUAAAACUCUCCAGUAUCCUCAUUUCCGUGUAUCAAACCAUUACACAGAAAAAUAAUAAGUUACUAAGCAAUCAUAACUGUUUAGUCCUUAAACGCUCUGUCCUGUGAUGUUACAGUAAAUUAAACAAGGGGCGAAACCACUGAAUACUUACGUGCAGAUUUGGUAUUUAAAUAUCAGCUACUCAAGCUGGAUGCUUGUUUCCUUUAUUGUUUUCUGUAAUGGGAAAUUUAAAGUAACCUCAGCUGAGAGAAAAACAGUUAUUGCGUGUUAAUUUUCAGUAUCAGCUGAACAAAGUGUCUGAAAAAGUUGAAAAAUCAAGUCCAGUAGCUAUAAAAGGGGAAAAAAGGAACGUUAUGAGCUUUUUGUUUUCAUCUCUUCUCUGAAUUAGGACUAGGAUAGGACUGCAUAUUUCCAAAAAGCCAAUGGCCCAACAGUUUCACCACAAGAUCCAUUUAUUAGCUGCGGUUUGUCGCAGUAUUCCCCACAUUUUCCAUUGCUCGGGUUUCCCUUUUCUGAGCUUUUUAAAGUAUUUUCAUGUCAGUAAUCUUGGAAAUUAAAAUCGGAAUUUUCUUCCUCGAAACGAGUCACUCUCAACAUUUGGAAGUCCAUUUUCUUCAUGACGUAGUUGUUUUUGUCAGGUCAUCAGCAAGUGCUUUCAACCAUUAAAAACAUUUUAUGACACUUGCAAGUUAGCUUUAAAUAAAUUAAAAUGUUUAUUUUAUUCCUGCUGCUCUAAUCAUCAUUUCAACAAUGGUCUGCAUUCACCAUCCUGCAUCAUUCUAAAGCUGACAUACAAGUGAAUAAUAAAUCCAAUAUGAGGAUGUUUUAAUGUGAAGUCUUAACCAGAACUACUACUCCUUCCCUGUUGCUAGCACUGUUAGUAUCUCUGCUACCUCUUCCUCCUCCUCCAUCUGCUAGCUACCUCUUCUAGAAAUCUUCCUCUUGCUAUCUGCUACCUCUCUGCGCACCCCUUUGCUACCUCUUGUUCCCCACCUCCUUCCUUUUUGUUUCUUCUUAAUUUCUUUUAAAGUGAUUUCUUUGUCCUGCCCACAUGACUGCUGCAUCACUGACUGUUGCCCUCUUCUCCCAGUGUGUUGGAAGAAGAAAGCACACAAACACACCGUACCAUCCCUCGCUCACACUCUCGUUCAAUGUGCCCUCCCAUUCAACAUUUUACCAGGCUUGUUAUGUAAUAUCACUUAAAUAUGAUGGGAUUUCCUUUACAUAUAUUAUCUUUAAUGGAUACCUUUUUUUUGUGUUAUUGGUAAUGUAUUUUCAAGGAGAUGUUUUGUGUAGAUGGAAGUUCUCUCUGUUCUUUGUAGCAUUUGUUUCUCCCCCCCUUUUUUUUAUUUUGUAUGGGGUCUGUUGGUACUUGGACCUAGACACUGUCGAAUAAACUGUGUUUUGUAUGAAAA